GAACUAAGACUCCCCACCCAGGUGGAGGAUGGAAUGAUGAUGUCGACCGUCAUGACUUCAAUCAACUAAAUCCUGGACUCUGUUGACCUCUGCCCCAAUUCUACGAUGAAUUCUCCUCUGCUCAAGCCCCUUCAUGAAUAGGUGGCGUAGGCGGCCAAAUCCGGCGGCACAGCGGCAGGGCAGUCGAGCAGCCGGAAGCGGCCUCUCUUUCCCGGAACCCCACUGCCUUGUGGGACCGUUGCUGGUUCCUCCGGCCUGGGCAGGUUUUCCGGACUCUUCCGCUCCACCUCUCUCCUCGGGUACGGAAGCUGAGAGGGUGUGAGGACUGCCAUGGCGGCGCACCUCAAGAAGCGGGUGUACGAGGAAUUCACUAAGGUGGUUCAGCAACAGCAGGAGGAAAUUGCUACUAAGAAACUCCGACUGACAAAACCAAGUAAAUCUGCAGCACUCCACAUAGAUCUGUGUAAGGCUACCUCCCCAGCAGAUGCUUUGCAGUACCUACUUCAGUUUGCCAGGAAGCCUGUGGAGGCAGAAAGUGUGGAGGGAGUAGUCAGGAUUCUCUUGGAACAUUAUUACAAGGAGAAUGAUCCAUCUGUGAGACUGAAAAUUGCAUCAUUGUUGGGUUUACUGUCAAAGACUGCAGGAUUUUCACCAGACUGCAUUAUGGAUGAUGCCAUUAACAUCCUGCAGAAUGAAAAGUCUCAUCAAGUCCUAGCUCAGCUGUUGGACACUUUGCUUGCAAUUGGCACUAAACUCCCAGACAAUCAAGCUAUCCAGAUGCGAUUAGUUGAUGUAGCCUGCAAGCACCUGACAGAUACCUCGCAUGGUGUAAGAAAUAAGUGCCUGCAAUUACUUGGCAAUCUGGGUUCUUUGGAGAAAAGUGUCACAAAAGAUGCAGAAGGCCUAGCUGUCAGAGACGUCCAGAAGAUUAUAGGGGAUUACUUCAGUGACCAGGAUCCACGUGUCAGAACAGCAGCUAUAAAAGCCAUGUUGCAGCUCCAUGAAAGAGGACUGAAAUUAUACCAAACAAUUUAUUCUCAGGCUUGUAAAUUGCUCUCUGAUGACUAUGAACAAGUGCGCAGUGCUGCAGUCCAGCUCAUCUGGGUUGUCAGUCAGCUCUAUCCUGAAAGCAUUGUCCCAAUCCCUUCUUCUAAUGAAGAAAUUCGCUUAGUUGAUGAUGCGUUUGGAAAAAUUUGUCACAUGGUCAGUGAUGGCUCCUGGGUGGUUCGAGUUCAAGCUGCAAAGCUAUUGGGCUCUAUGGAGCAAGUCAGUUCUCAUUUCUUGGAACAGACGCUUGACAAGAAGCUGAUGUCAGAUCUGAGGAGGAAACGCACUGCACAUGAACGUGCCAAGGAACUUUACACUUCGGGAGAGUUUUCCAGCGGCAGGAAGUGGGGAGAUGAUGCUCCCAAGGAAGAAGUAGAUACGGGGGCUGUGAACUUGAUUGAGUCAGGAGCUUGUGGAGCCUUUGUUCAUGGAUUGGAAGAUGAGAUGUAUGAGGUCCGCAUUGCUGCUGUAGAGGCGCUCUGCAUGCUGGCCCAGUCUUCACCUUCUUUUGCUGAGAAGUGCCUUGAUUUCCUGGUUGACAUGUUUAAUGAUGAAAUUGAGGAGGUACGUCUACAGUCCAUACAUACCAUGAGAAAAAUCUCUAACAAUAUCACCCUUCGAGAGGAUCAGCUUGACACUGUCCUUGCUGUGUUAGAGGAUUCAUCCAGAGAUAUUAGAGAGGCUCUUCAUGAACUCUUAUGCUGCACUAAUGUUUCAACCAAAGAAGGGAUUCAUCUUGCACUGGUGGAGCUGCUGAAAAAUUUAACCAAGUACCCUACUGAUAGGGACUCCAUAUGGAAAUGCUUGAAGUUUCUGGGAAGUCGGCAUCCAACCCUGGUGCUUCCCUUGGUGCCUGAGCUCCUGAGCACCCACCCGUUUUUUGACACAGCUGAACCAGACAUGGAUGAUCCAGCUUACAUUGCAGUUUUGGUUCUUAUUUUCAAUGCUGCUAAAACCUGUCCAACAAUGCCUGCAUUGUUCUCAGAUCAUACCUUCAGACACUAUGCCUACCUCCGAGACAGUCUUUCUCAUCUUGUUCCUGCCUUGAGGUUACCAGGUAGAAAACUAGUGUCAUCAGCUCUUUCUCCCAAUAUCAUGCCUCAUGAGGAUCCUUCCCAUCAGUUCCUGCAGCAGAGCCUUGAAAGGGUAUACAGUCUUCAACACCUGGACCCUCAAGGAACUCAGGAGCUGCUAGAGUUCACCAUCAGGGAUCUGCAAAGACUUGGAGAACUUCAGUCUGAAUUGGCAGGAGUAGCUGACUUCUCUGCUACCUAUCUUAGGUGUCAACUUCUUCUCAUCAAGGCCUUGCAGGAAAAGCUGUGGAACGUGGCUGCCCCUUUGUAUGUGAAGCAGAGUGAUUUGGCCUCAGCAGCAGCAAAACAGAUCAUGGAAGAAACCUACAAAAUGGAGUUCAUGUAUAGUGGCGUGGAGAACAAGCAGGUGGUGAUUAUCCAUCACAUGAGGCUGCAGGCCAAAGCCUUGCAACUUAUAGUAACAGCACGGACUGCUCGAGGAGUUGACCCCUUAUUUGGGAUGUGUGAAAAAUUUUUACAGGAAGUGGACUUUUUUCAGAGGUGUUUCAUCGCUGAUUUGCCCCACCUGCAGGACAGCUUUGUGGACAAACUUCUUGACCUCAUGCCCCGACUCAUGACAUCCAAACCUGCAGAAGUGGUCAAAAUUCUACAUACCAUGCUGCGGCAGAGUACCUUCCUACACCUCCCCCUUCCAGAGCAGAUCCACAAAGCCUCAGCCACCAUUAUUGAGCCAGCAGGCGAGUCAGACAACCCUUUGCGGUUUACAUCUGGGUUGGUGGUGGCCCUGGAUGUCGAUGCAACCCUGGAACAUGUGCAGGAUCCUCAGAGCACUGUGAAGGUCCAGGUCUCAUAUCCAGAUGGCCAAGCUCAGAUGAUCCACCCUAAGCCGGCAGACUUUCGGAAUCCUGGCCCAGGGCGGCACCGGCUUAUCACUCAGGUGUACCUCUCCCACACUGCCUGGACAGAACCGUGCCAGGUGGAAGUGAGACUGCUGCUGGCCUACAACUCCAGUUCACGCAUUCCAAAAUCCCCCUGGAUUGAGGGUGGUGAGAUGUCAUCCCAGGUGGAAACCAGCAUCGAGGGCACCAUCCCCUUCAGCAAGUCUGUAAAAGUUUACAUAAUGCCUAAACCCGCAAGGCGCUGAGUCACAAGUAGUCUUUACAGCCAUGGCCUAAAAGGCCCUUUUUGGGAUCAGAGUGAGCCAGAAGCCUGGAGCAUUUCACCUGGACAUGGUAUAUAGGCAUAAGGAAGAACAUGUGACCCUUAUAGUCUCAUCUGGUAUCGAACAUUGGAUAAAUUAUUUUGCAUUAAGAAAACAAAAACCUUCAAGUCUAUCCCAUCCCCCACCCCCUACCUCCCUAGCCUUGCCCCCAGUAAAGUUGAGACACCAAGCUGUUCUAGAAAUCUGUGUAGCUAUAGGUUCAACAUUUAUACGGCAGGCCUACAUUCUUCAGGUGUGAAACAAAAAGAUCCAAUUUUCUAGCCCCUUCCAAAGAACCAGUUAUUGGAGCCAUAAUCUUAUUUCUUAAAGCAAUAGUCUGUUUGCCAGGGCCAACUCCAAAGCAGCUUUCACAGCUGUACUUUUUCACCACCGACAGUUCCUGAAGGGCCCUAGACUUUCGUUAUCUUGCUGAGAGUCUCCUUCCUUAACUCAGGCAAUAGCUGGCCAAGGACUGAAUGAACAGCUGAAGAAUGAAUCACUUUCAUCCCUCAGGGAAAUUCUUGAUCUUGCCUGCCAUUAUCCUUAGAACAAAAAUCUGAGAGAAGGGCCAUAUUUUACAAAAGAAACCAGGAUUAUGGGAAAGAGGGACCCAGUGUAAGAAACAAAGUCAUUUCCCACUACUUCUCUGAUGACUCCAGCGCUGGAGCUGCAUGUGAGCUGAAGGUGCAGCGGGGGUCUAAGAACAGUAAAGGCUCCAGAGAUGUGAACCACGUGAGGGCCUGUGCUAUGUUCUUUACCUGUCAUUUUAUCCUUGCAACAGCCAAGUGAGACUAAGAGGUUAAGUCACUGGUAGGAAAACUGUAAUAACGCCUUUACUCAUUCAAAUCCAAGAUGAUUCCAAAGGCCUGAGCUAUACCAUAUGGAAAAGAACCUUCAGAUUUUCUCUCUGUGCCUCAGUUUUUUCAUCUGUAAAACAGAGGUAAUUAUACCUUAAGGGUUGUUGAAUGGGUUUAAUUAAGUAAUGCUUGGCAAAUCUGAAUCUUUGGCCAGUCUUGAUCAUAUUUGGUACUUGGAAAGCUUAAUAAAAAUAACAAGAGCAUACAA